CUUUUCAGACGUGGAGGUGCCUUCCUUCGGCCACCCUGGCGCCUGGUCUAAGGUGGCAACUGUGUGGGUCCUUGUUUCACCGGCCUUGCUUGCUUGCUUGCCCCCCUUUUCACGUGCUCUUGGUCUGCGACUCUCGACUUCGCCCUUCCCCCGCAGGAGAGGAAGAUGUGGCGCUACGCCUCCGGUGGAGGAAAGGGCACCAAACGCUCGAACCCGGAAAGAGGUUUUCCGUCGAGAAACUUUCGGUUUGCCGGUAGACAUCGGGAGGUCGCAGAGGAACCGCAGGGCCAAGGGCCGGAGGGGGCGGACAUGGCGGUGAGUCUCGGAGCUGCAGGCGCUUUACAUCUCUGACAGGAGGGCGGCCGGACAGAGACACUCCGCUGUCUCCUGAUCGCGCCCCAAAAUUCAACAAUCCCGCCUCAAAGUCCAGCUAUCCCUCGAUCGCGCCCCCCAAAUCCGGCGGCCACCGCUCAACUCGAUCCCGCAGGACGUCGAGAAGCUCUUCUCGGUUUCCACGCCCCUAACUUGAUCUGCCCGACCGAGAAGCGAGCUAGCCGGGCUUCCGAGGAAACUGACUAACACCAUCUUCCAGCUAGCCCUUUCACCCUAUCCGGGGUUAGAUUUCCAUUAAGUAUCUCAAGAUGCAGGAAGAUUAUUCCUACGCGGGAAGGAGUGACUUCCAGUGGAAAAAGGAAACCACUCAUGUCUGGCUAUCCAGAGGUCCGGUGUUAGAGCUCGUUUUUCCAGUCCUCAGCUAGGAUCCAGCCUUUCGAAUCAGGAUUGGUGAUAUGGAACUAUGGCUCCUGACAGAGAGAUACUUCAUGUGAUUAAGGAUUUAAAGAAUACACUGGUUGAUUUGAACCAAAACUACCGGGAGCGGGGUCUCCCAGUGACAGAUGGUAGCCAGGAACUGCAACCCUUCUGUGCCCAACUGGAAUUUCUACUGCAGUAUGAUUUGAAAGAGAAGAAAAAUCUCUUUGGACAGAAAAAAGAUUAUUGGGAUUUUCUGAGCCGAAACUUCACCCGGCUAAACAGCAACCCACAUGCAGGGGUUCAACAUGUCACUUCUUUGGACAAACUGAAAACCGCUGUGGGGAAAGGCCGUGCUUUCAUCCGCUACUGCCUGGUCCAUCAACAGUUAGCUGAGACCUUGCAGCUCUGCUUCAUGGAACCAGAAGUCACCAGUGAGUGGUACUAUGCACGUAGCCCCUUCUUGGACGAAAAGCUACGGACAGACAUUUUGAGCUCCCUCUAUGAGUUGGAUGGCAUUGCCUUCCACCUGGCCCUCCGCAGAGAAGAUUUGGAUGCUGCAUGGCCCAUAGUCUCAGAAAUUUUGCCACAAUUUUCCACCAGAGCUGUAAAGUACACCCAAUCAGAGGAUGGAUUGUCUAAGGCUGGAAACUCAAACCAAGAACAGGGGCUUCAUCAAGGAAGCACCUUCGUACACAGGAGCAGGCUCAGAACGAUGGAUGUUCCUGAUUCAAGGGUAGAUGAUCAGUUGAGGCCUGGGCCAGAACAGCCAUUGGAGAAAUGGAUUGGAGUCUGGCGAAGCAGAAAGAACAGCCUCUUGCAGAUGGGUUCCCUUCUGAAACUGAAUCCUUUUAUGGAAAGGUAUGUCCAGAGUCCACCUUCUGGCAAGGAGCAGAAGAAGGCUGAUGGUGAAUUGCAGGUCCAUUUGGAAAAGGAGCAGCCAACAGGCAACGUUUCUUCUAUCCAAGGAUUAUGUUAUCCUCAACCCAAACACUGCCUCUGUAGGAAGGUAGAUGGGAUAACGGAAGGUGACAGCUUGCAGAAACAAGAAUGCUUGAGAACAUUGAUAGGGGAGAUGACCGUUCUGCAGCAAAAGCUGGCCAUGCAACAAGAGGAAAACGCAUCUCUAAAGCAAACUCUUUCUAAAGAGAACCGCUCUCUAAAAGAAGAGCUGACGAAGUAUGAAGAACAACAGAAAGAGAAAAUGGGUGAGCAGGAAAAACAGCAGCAGGAACUGGCCAAGGUAGUAAAAACACUCAGAGAAGCUGAAUGUAAGAUUGCCAGUUUGACUGGGGAAUGUCAAGAGGCCUGGGCCAAGAAGGACGGUGCUGAGAAAGCUCUCAAAGAGGCAGAACAGAGACUGAGUACUCAGGAGGCAGAGAGGAGAAAGCAUCUGGCACAUAUGGAGGCCCAAGAUUUGAGGCAACAGCAACUGAUUUCUCAAUGUCGGGGACUGCAGGAGAAAUUAAAAGUAUCUGAAAAGAGCCUGGACAGGUGGGAAGAACAUGUGGUGGCCAUGAAGAGCCAACAUGGCCAACUGGAAACAGUCAAGGAGCUGUCAGAAGAGAAAUGUUACAGGGCGAUGGAAAAAGAAGACUAUUCAACCAUUCAAGAAAUAGAUCCGCUUAAGGAGAGACUAGAGAGGAGUUUGGCUGAAAUAAAGAAUUUAGAAAAAGAGAAGGAGACGCUUAUGGAAACUUUUGUGUCUCAAGAACAAAGUCUGGUGCUUUCCAAGCUUGAAAUGAAAGACCUUCAGAAAGAGCUGCUGGUGUGUCAAGAGCAACUUGUCACCCUCCAAGUGUCUCUGGAGAAGCAGGAAAAGGCCCUGAGGGACCAUGAGAAAGCAGCCCUGAGUUUGCAAAGAGAACUGAAUGACCAAUCUGCCUGCCUAAAGGAAAGCUUGGAGAAAAACACAACCCUGGAAACUCAGCUAGAGGAAAUGGCCAGCAAAAAGUUCCAGCUGGAGGCAGAAACUCUUGAGGACCAGAGGAGAUGGGAAAGAACUUUGCAGACGCUCACGGGCCAGCUAAAUACUUUUGAGAAAGAAAUAGUCAGGCUUCAAGAGGAUAAGCAACAGCUCCAGGCCACUCUGCAACAAGCCCUUGGAGAAAGAGAAGUCUUGGUAAAACAGACAGAAAGUACUACCGCUAGUCUGAAAGGGCAGACUCAAGAGAUGGCAUGGCUUCGAAGCGAGCUGGAGACAUUAAAGGCCACCAGCCAAACUCUACAGAAAACCCAACAGGAGAAAAGUGAGAGCAUUGCUUCCACAUUAAGAGAGGAGUGCCAGAAGCUGAAAAAUCAAGUAGAGCAGCUGCAGCUGGAGAAAAUGCAAACCACCAAUAUAGCAAAACAGCUGAGUGAGGAACUGGAGCAAUGCUGGAAGUGGCCCACGGAAGAUGCUGUUCUGCAGAUAGCAUCAGUUUCUUCCACCACAAUGACACACCGAGCAUGUGAGAGCAAAAGCAAGGAAGCCAGGGCUCCUGUCAAGGAAAGAGGCAUUGCCACAGAAGGAAUAGUGAGAUCAGCUUUGACAUUGAAAGAGAUUCAGGCUGAGGUGCUUCAGUAUUUGGAAGGACCUGUAAAGACAGGUGACAGUGCCACACAGAGAAUUGAAGUGCAUGAGAAGAGUCUAGCUGGCCAUUUGGAUAAAAUGACAGAAGAUGUCCGGCAAGCAAAAAAAAUGUUAAUAGCCAAGGAUAAAACAAUAGGUCAUCUCAUGGAGCAGCUGAACCGCUCGCAGCAAGAAAAGGAACAGUUGCAACUUUUGCUGGAGAAAAACUGCCAGGAAUUGAAGGAGAAGGAGAAAUUGAAAGAGGAGCUGUCGGAACAGGGAAUCCUCAUCAGCAAUAUGAAAAUCAAACUUUUGAAAUUACUGCAGGAGAAGGAUGCUUUGUGGCAGAAGACGGAAGGUAUCACGUUGCCAGUUGUGAACGCUGCUCCUCAGAACACAGGGUUGUGCUUUCAGUGCAAAAAAGAGUUCAAGCUUAUGUCACGCCGAUACCAGUGCAGGUGGUGCCACAGCACUGUGUGUCAUGCUUGUUCAGUGAGCGGUGGGCACAAGGAGCGCUACUGCAUAGCUUGCUACCAGAAGAGAAAUGAUCAGAGCACAUGAACCUUGCUCUCAUCGAGUCAUCCUAUACUACCCAGCCUCAUUGCAAGCUCAGUUACCUGUCUGCGGGCUGGCUCUGAGUGGAUUUGAGAUAUUAGAUCCAGAAGAAUAAAAACAAAGGGGCUCUUGUGAUGAUAAAAGAGAUCUGCCUAUCUCUGUUCAGAUUCAGACUGAGCCUGAACAAAAAACACUGAAGUGGUAUGGAGCAUCCCCUAUUUUUUAAACAAUGCAACACUAUUAAUUGUUUGCUUCAAUUGGUGUUCUGAUGAGAUAUGAAGCCCGCCAGCCUUCAGCCCUUGGAGCAAUAUAUAUUCCCCCAGCCAGCUCACAUAAGCAAUAAAAUAUCAAACCAUUUGGAAACCACAAGGCAUUUGAUCCAGACUAAGUAAUGGAGAGAGAUGUUGGCCAGUAUGUACUUGUGAUUCAGUCAUUUGGAGAGAUGCAAUAGAGGCAUGGAGGAGGCUGAAUUAAUUUCUUCUGGUAUAGAAUCUCCAUGUAGAAAGAAAAAAAGGGAAUGUGGAAGGGAAUGAUCUCAUGGUAAACACUCUAGUCUAUUCUCACUUCAAAACAGCAGUGCUAAGGUAAAAAGACAAAAGAGAGAAUACUAGUGAAUGUUUUGGCCACUGCAGAGUUUCUUCCAAUCCCCACUUUUUGCUCUGCCCCAUUCAGGGACCGCUCAGAUGAUGCUGACAUACGCUUCCAACCUUCCCAAGUUGUCCUCUGUCAUCUAUUAUUCCAGAACAAAUCUGUUCAGGAGAAAGCAUUCAGGUUCUCAGAUAGCCCAUGAAAAGGUUUUGCUUCAGUCUCCAAUACUUGGUGCUGAUAAAAUUAGUUGGGUGACAAAUCCCAUGGUCUUCAUCAGCAAGGACCAUGUUGGCCUAGUGUUUUGAGACGAAUACCCAAGACAUCAGCUUAUGGGAACUUGAUGUAAAUUUAGCAGAUAUUUAAAUUGUUAGUACAGAGUUAGAACACUUGCACAAUUGGGAAAAUGAACUAGGGGAAUUGUGGCUAGGAAAGAGUCCCAUUCUAUGAAUAAUGAUUGUGUUACCAAUUGGUACAUAAUAUGUUUAUUCUGGUGGAGGGGAGAUAUUACCAUUAGCUCUGGGAAUCAUAAUUUGGCUGCAUUCUUAUGCUCAUCAUACCGGAAUACAGAUUGAAAGAAUCUUGCUCAGGAGAAACCUGUAUACAAUUGUAUCACUAAUUAUGUAUUUGCUAUGAAAUUAUGCUAAUUAUUUAAGAAAUAAAAUGUAAUGAAAAUCA